ACAUUUCUGAAGAACAACCACAAAGACCAACAAGUCUGACUGGAUUCUUUGGCGAGGCCCUGGCAACAUAUAGAAGUGGGCAGAGCUAAACAUACUUUUUAGAUAUACCUGAAACAGUUGCAGUUAACAAUGGCUCUCCAACAGUGUGUGUGCUGUUUCACUGUGGUGAUCAUUUCCUUAUGCAAAGGUUGUCAUUCAGAGCAGCCCGCAUGUGGCAGCAGGGCUGUGAAGAGCAGCAGCAUCACAGGAGGUCAGCAUGCAACACCAGAAAGUUGGCCCUGGUACGCUGAAGUAAACUCUCUUUUUGGAGGGUCUCUAAUCACCGACCAGUGGGUGCUGACAACUGCAUCCAUCACACUAUUUGAUUUCAGUAGCAUAGAGGUGUAUCUGGGCCGCCACAGCAAGUCAGGUUCAAACCCAAAUGAGGUGAAUCGGUCAGUGGUCAACUUCACCUGCCAUCCUGAAUUCAACUCAUCGACUCAUGAGAACGACAUUUGCCUUCUGAAGCUGUCGGCUCCUGUAAAUUUCACAGACUACAUACAGCCGAUCUGCUUAGCCUCAGAAAACAGCACUUUCGACAAUGAGACCAGCAGCUGGGUCAUCAGUUUUGGUGACGAUGGUAACGAUUCACUCGCCAACACCCUGCAGGAGGUAAGAAUAAAAAUAGUGGAAAACUUUAAGUGCAAAUUCAUCUAUGAAGACCAGUGUUGGGACUAACGCGUUAUUAAGUAACGCGUUAC